AAUACUUGACUUUUUGACAAAUACUGUCAGUGCAGCUUCUAUCGCUCGUCAAAAUGGACGCUCGUUCUUCCAUCCUCGUUGUCGGCUUUCUUUAUUUUUCAGCGCAUCUAUGUCGCGGAUUUCCAACUUCGGAUUCGGCAGAAUCAGACAGAAUUAUCAACGGCACAUAUACUAAUAUCGAAGUAGUUCCUUACCAGCUGUCGUUUAUGCUGGAUGGUAAAUACGCGUGCGGUGCUGCUAUAAUAAGCACAAAUUGGGCUCUGACAGCAGCUCAUUGCGUACGGGCAGGUUUGGGCUCUGAGAUUACUGUACGCAGCGGAAGCUCUUUUCCCUAUGAGCAUGGUACCGUUCAUCGCGUAAUUGAUUUCUUGAUCCACGAAUAUUACGACCCACGUACUAAUGACUAUGAUAUCGCUCUCAUGAAAGUAUCAUCUCCGUUCAUUUAUGAUGAUUGUACAAAACCUGUCAGAUUACCGCCUCUCGACGGUCAAACGAUUUCUAACGAGUUGUGUCUGGACUGUGGCUGGGGAUACUAUAAAAAACUGCUCAACACCUUCGUCAUUCAGGAAAUGUCGGAUAAACUGCAAUGCAUUCAAUUACCGUUAAUAAAGAAGAGCGAGUGCAUUCAAGAUUAUGAAGGAGCAUUCACAUUGACACCUCGAAUGGAAUGUUACGGGUUUGAAAAUGGACAAGGCGACUCGUGCCAGGGUGAUUCUGGUUCACCAUUAGUUAAUAAGGACAAUAUUGUACUCGGCAUAACUUCGCUUGGCCGUGGCUGUGCCCAGAAACAUUCGCCCGGUGUGUACACGAACGUCACGGCUCUUCGAGGUUGGAUUUGGGAUAAUAUUGGAAUAUAAAGAGAGUUUUGUAAGCACAUCGUUGCAAACGAUAUGCAUUAAAAUAUAAUUGUAAUUAAAUUAAUAUAACAGUUAUACAUAAUA